CAAACUUCUCUACUCAGCAGUUUACUAAACUGUUUGAAACCACAACUCUACUCUCUAAGAAGACAAACCCUCUUCUUGUUACAACGCCUCGAUCACGCACAAACUCUCUUCUUUCAGUAACGAAAACAUUACAACGCAGUGAAAAUCCUAUUACAAAAAUAAAUAUCAAAACAAUUCUAGAUUCAAACUCCUAUUCAAAACUCGCUGCUUUAGCUUUUCUUGCUGCUGCACUUUUUGCUACUGGAAUACACCCUUGUGGGUGUGUGCAAAAAGCUGCUUGACUCUAUCACCGCUUUUCCUUAUAUAUCAUCAGGAUCUCCCCUAGGGUUUCCUUGUAGACGUUGUGUCCUACUACGAAAGGUUCUACAAUUCCAUCAAGGAUAUUCUGUUUUGUGCACUCUAUUAGACGAAAUAAACAUUUGGGCCGAGAUAAACAUUUGGGCAGCAGUAAACAAGACCAUAGGCCAACUUAGAAUAGAAGGCUUCUUAUUUUUAGCUUAGAAGAGAAGUUUGUUUUAUUUUAGUAUAUUUAGUCUUUGUUUAGCUUAGUAGAGAAGAUUCUUUAACUUGUAUAAAUAAAGAUGAUUGGUAAGGAAUAUGGAGGACAGAAAAUUCCCAAACACUGUCUUUGUUUACAUGUAUCAGAGAGGCAGCUCGUUGCAUAUAAAUCAUCUUCUCGAUUAUCAAUUUCCUUCAUCUAACCUAUCUCUACAAUGGUAGAUGAAGUCACUACUUCUUCAGCAUCUUCUGAAUGGUUAUUAUCUUCACCCUUAAGAUUUACCUAGAAUGGUCUUGGUUAACACUCCAUUUGAUGGAAAAGAUUAUCAAGGAUGGAAGAGAUCAGUGCUUAUAGCACUGUCAGCCAAGAACAAACUUGGUUUUAUCACUGGUACUGAUACUUCACCAGAUGCUCAAUCUCCAGAUCUGAAAUCUUGGAGCAGAUGCAAUGACAUGGUAAUAUCUUGGUUUUUUAACUCAUAUCGCUGAUAGUGUUAUAUACUCUAGGACUGCUAAGGAUUUAUGAAUGAGUCUAGAGCAUAGAUUUGGACAAUCUAAUGGAGCCAAUUGUUUUACCUGCAAAAGGAACUAAAUAGGUUAGUUCAAGAAAUCAUGACAUUGCAGGAUAUUUCACUAAACUUAAGAGACUUUGGGGGUGAUCUGGAGUCUUUCAAGUCUGAUAAGUACAUAUGUGUGUGUAACUGUGAAGGUAAAGUGAAGCUAGAAAAAACUCUUGAAGAUGAGAAGCUUAUACAAUUUUUAACGGGUGUGAAUGAUGUGUAUGCUCAAGAAAGAGGAAACAUCUUAAUGAUGAAUCUGCUUCCCAACAUAAAUGUUGCUUACUCUCUGAUUCUGCAAGAUGAAAAUCAGAGAGAGACCUAUAUGAGUAAGUUGAUCCCAAAUGAUUCUUCUUCUUUUAUGAUAAGCAAUGUGAAUCAAAACAAAUUUGACAAGAAAGUCCAGAAACCCCCUGGUGUUAUUCCUAACUUUGGAACUAGAUCAUUCAAUUAUCCAAGGAUGAACAAUCAUCAGCAAUUACCCAAAUACACAAGGACGAACCAGCCAUAACAGAAAUUUAGGGUUAAAAAGAAGUAUAAUCCUAAUGUAUCCUGUGAUUUUUGUGGUAAGACUGGAUAUGUUGAUGAUGAUUGUUUCAGGUUACAUGGUUUUCCCGAAGAUUUUCAGUUCACAAACAACAGAGAUGGACAGGUUUCGAUCAGAGAGAAUGCUAUUAUGUCUGGAGAAGAAGGUGACAAUGAGCAUAAGAUUGACAUGGAUUUAAUCAAUCAACAUUUCACCAAAGAACAAUUCAAGUAUUUCAUUCAAAUGGCAAAACAGAAAUCAACAGAGGGAUCAUCCAUGAACAAGGGAUCUGAGAUAAAUGCUAAUGAAGUUCCUGGACGCUUUAAUGAAGAGGCCUCAAGCUUUUGGUGAAGUAAAGGAAGGUCUAUACUUGCUUCAAAUUAUUCCUAAGGAGACUAAUGGGAACCAAGAGAUUUACAAGGAUUCUAAAGUCCUUUCUAACUUUAACAAUACCAAAUCAUGUGGCGGUUAAAAUAGCCCUUGAUCUUAGAAAGCUUCUCGUUGACAACAGCCUUCUUGAUGUCUCACAAACAGAUUUGGAGGCAAACUUGUUUAAGCUUAUGGAGUGGAGAGCUUUCGGAGAAGAAUAUAUAAAACGUUAUAAAAUGACGACAAGAUUUCAUCACCAAAGAGUUCCUCUUGUAAUUCUUGUUUGUGGAACUGCCUGUGUUGGGAAGUCUACUAUUGCUACUCUACUUGCACAACGGCUGAACUUGCCAAAUGUCUUGCAGACAGAAAUGGUGUAUGAAUUGCUGGGCACAUCGACAGAUGCACCUUUGACGUCUUCACCAGUAUGGACACGUGACUUCAGCUCAUCAGAGGAUCUAAUCACUGAAUUUUGCAGAGAAUGCAGAAUUAUAUGGAAAGGUUUGGCUGGCGAUUUGAGAAAAGCAACAAAUGAUGGUAAACCAAUUAUAAUUGAGGUAUGCUAAUUUCCCCCCACGCUUAUUGUUUUCUGAAGUGCCCUUGCUGUUUUUCUUUUCCCUUUUUUCUUCCAAGCUUUGUUUGAACUCUUUGAUUGGUAAAGGUGGAAUACAAGUAGCAGACAGUGAGUCCUUAUAAUCAAAUUCCUUGUAUAACAUCAGCUUAUUCAACAAUUAAAGCCAAUAUGAAGUUUCCUUUUGCUUCCAUAUGCAAAUUUUUGAAAAAUAUAACAUCUUGUUUAAUAAUUGAUAGCAGUACCAGUAAUGAAGUUUCCUUUUGCCUCGACCAUCCAGUGAUCUCUCUUUGAUGGUAAAAAAAUGAUGGCAGGGAAUACAUUUAGAUCCUAGAAUAUACCUUAUGGAAGAAAAUCAUAAAUUACUACCACCACCCAACGCAGACCACAAAAAAACAAACUUUUCGAAGGUAAAGGACCACAAGGAAAGUGAAAGAAAUCACAUCAAUGGACUUGGAAGCCAGACUGGCGGUAAAUAUUGCUAUCUUGAGAACGGUAGUACGGAGGGAGCAUCUUCUGAGUUGGACAAACUAACAGAUUCUCUGAAAUCCAUGAAUAUUUUCGAGAAAAUAUCUGAAAAUCCAGGUUCAUCUUGCAGCAACUUUGCCACUUAAAAUGUUCAGAAAAUAUCAUGCACUCAAUAAGUUCUCCUUUUCUUUUCCAUUUAAAUUCUUCGCAGGACCGAAGCCUCCUAAUGAAUUUUAUGACCAUUGCUGGUGAAACAGUUAAAGAUUUAGGAGCAGACCAAAUUCCCGCUCUGAAAAGACAAACUUUGUGUGAUCUACCAAUAUUUGUUCCUAUUGUUAUAAAGAUGGCUGACUUUGACCAUAAGGUGGUUUAAAUUCUAUUAGCUUGUUUCUUUCAUACAAGUGAAUAGAGCUCUUUACUACUGAAUUUAUGAAACAAUCUUCUUAUACUCGAAGUCAAGGAGAUCAUGUCGUUGUCUUACAUUUCAAUGUAUCCUCUUUCCCCACCCAUUUCAAUCAUUCCCAAUGGCUUUUUCCAUCUAUCCAUGUUCUCUUUCUUGUUAUUAGUGUAAUAUGCAAGUAAAAUAAGUCCUACAUAUUAUCUUAUACUGAAAUGUGUGACACAAAGGAAUAGGACUGCUCCUCGAUAUUCUAUUUUGGUGCUCAACUUAUUGAGGAAGUUUUCGACUUUUAAUAAAUAACCAGGCAUUUCUUGAGGAGUGGGUAGCUACUUGUACAUUCAGGGAUAAGCUUCCUGCUCAGGUUUCAAAUUCUUUUAAGCUUUCUAUAUAAUUUGGUGCCUGAUCUUGUCAGUCUUUGAUACAUGUCCCAUAUUUAUAUAUUUACGAUGAAAAUAAACAUAAUGUAUUUGUAUGCUUAUGAACCUUUUCCCUUUUUGUGUUUCUUUUCUUAAGCUGUUAGUUCACUUGUGUAACUUCUUUCCAGGAUAAAGACAAAGUGAUAACUAACUUGCUGACUAUUCAGGACUACUUGUGUUCAUUUACAUCACAGGGUUUGACUGUUGACGUACCAGCUGCAACAUUUCCACAGACACUGGAUUGGCUGCAUAACUAUCUUCUUCAGUGUCUUGAGCAAGGUUUCUAGGGGAAAUCAUGAGCAGAAGUCCAAGGGUUGACUACUAACCAUAUUCUUAAUGAAUAAGGUUUUGGGAAAAGAUAAGAGUACGAGAUUAACCAACCUGUCUCUGAACUGUAGUGUUGAGCCUCUUUUUAUCUUUAAUAUAUGUCUUGUACAAUAUAAAGUAUGUUAUGAAUGGGCCUAGACCCGUAUUAUAAAUAUGGUGUCUUUCAUGAGC